AUGGGGUGUUUCUCUUCAAAAGUCAUAGCUAGAUCAAUUAGUUUCCAUGAAGACAGAAAGAAGAGAUCACAGAGAAAAACUAAUGGUAUUCCGUUGUUGGAAGAUCUAAUCAUCUCCUCUGGUGGCAGUGAUCGGUACCUUGCUCUUGUCUGUGCAGCUAACACAGUAUCCAACAAACUACACUCUGGGAGUCUUGGUUCAAACACGUCCUCAAAACUGGCCAUUGAGCCUGUAUCAGCAAGACUAGAUCAAGGAGAAGGGAAGCAAACUGAGAGAGAUAAAAAGAACAAGUCUAAAAGUUGGCAUCAGUUUCCAGAGCAUAUUGUGAACUCUCUUGCUCAGGAGAAUUCAUCUGGUUUUGAAGAAAAACAUGACCCCAGCUAUAAGGGUGCUGCGCGAAGCAGGAGUUUUCAUACAGUGGAGGAAUAUGAUGAUAUGGUUAACAAAAUAUGGUUGAGCGAGUGUCACACAGAUCAGAAAAGUGAGUUUAAUGAUGAAGAAGAUACUAGUUCAGGGAAUAAUACAACUCAUCAUACUGAGGAUAUGGAUUGUGUCAACAAGAGGAUGCAAGCACCAAGCUUAAACAAAAAGCAUUCAUUGAACGAAAAAAAAAUAGUGAAGGAAAACAACAACUUGAGUACAGCAUCAAAAAGCAGCACAGUAGCUCCAACUCUAAGGAGCCACAUACCUAUUCCAGGAAUUAAAAAUGAGGAAGUGAUUCCAAGUCAUAAAACAAGCAUAACUGAGAAGGGAAAUAAGAGAAAAGCUGUGGCAAAGAGGCUAGAAUCACUUAGAAUCCCUUCCAAUGUUGAAUAUCCAGCCAUUGCCAGUCUUAGAGAAUGGCUUCCUGCAGGUGGAAUAUACUCUCCUGGAUCCUAUGUCACCCCAAAAUUUGGCAGUUAUUCUACAAUGGACAUUAGGAAUGAAAAUGAGUCUAGUGAUGAUUCUAUCUUUAGUCCAGAGUUGGUGUCUGCCUUUGAACAAUGUAUGCAAAACCUUGAAGCAGAGGAAGAGAACAUUCUGAAACAAAUUGUAGAGAAUGUGGAGGAAGAAAGUGAAGCAAGUAGCCCCAAGAAAGUACACCGUGGUGACACUCAUACUUAA